CCAGUUCAAGACCAGUCGCGCUGUGUGUUUGCUAUCGGCGGCCACUGAGACAUUUCCAGUGCGUAAAGCCGUAAUGCGGACACGCACAGAGAGACAGAGAGACAUCCGCAUGUGAGGAUUUCAUAGAGGCUGCUUGGAGCUGGACGUCUGUUACUCCCGCAGAGAUGGGAUCUCAUUUGCAUUGUUUUAUUUAGUAAUCCCUCGUUCGCUUAUUACGGUCAGAGCUAAAGAAGCCGUGCUCAGAGGAACUGGGCGAUCAUGCUGUAACGGGAAUAAGCGGGAUUUGUUGGGAACAGGGGCGGUGUGCUGCACGAAGCAAGGCUCAAAUCUACACAAGGGGUGGUAUUACAACAGUGAACCCAGAUGGAGACCAUUUUUGUUUAUUUGAUGGUCAUGAUCAUGGCAGUAAAAGCCCAGAAGAUCCAAAUAUGUCCCAAACGUUGUUUUUGCCAAGUGCUGCCUCCCAACUUAGCCACCUUAUGUGACAAAAAGGGGCUGCUUUUUGUUCCCCCAGACAUUGACAGACACACAGUAGAACUGAGACUUGGUGACAAUUUUAUCACAACUGUCAAACGGAAGGACUUUGCCAACAUGACCAAGCUUGUAGACUUGACACUUUCCAGGAACACAAUAGGCUCUAUCACACCUCACGCUUUCAAUGAUCUGGAGAACCUGCGUGCCCUGCAUUUGGACAGUAACCGUCUGAUACGAAUCACAAAUGACACCUUUAGCGGCAUGUCAAAGCUUCAUCAUCUCAUUCUGAACAACAACCAGCUCACAUAUAUUCACAUAGGAGCCUUUAACGACCUCCUGGCCCUUGAAGAGCUUGAUCUCUCCUACAAUAAUCUAGAAAGUGCCCCAUGGGUGGCCAUCCAGCACAUGAUUAGUCUGCACACCUUAAGUCUGGACCACAACAUGAUAGACUAUAUACCUGAGGGCACAUUUUCAGGCCUCAUGAAACUCAAACGUCUGGAUGUCACUUCCAACAAGCUUCAGAAGCUUCCACCUGAUCCAGUCUUCCAGCGUGCAGGUGUUUUGGCCACAUCAGGUGUUUUGGGUCCAUCAUCAUUUGCAUUGAGCUUUGGGGGGAACCCAUUACGCUGCAACUGUGAGUUGCUAUGGUUGAGGAGACUACGGCGUGAGGAUGACCUGGAGACUUGCGCUGCUCCUCAGCACCUCUCUGGACGUUACUUCUGGACAGUGUCUGAAGAGGAGUUCCUGUGUGAGCCUCCCCUCAUCACACGUCAUUCCCAGGAGACCCGGGCAUUAGAAGGCCAACAUGUUACUUUGCGCUGUAAAGCACGGGGUGACCCAGAUCCUGUUAUUCACUGGAUUGCCCCUGAUGGUAGACUAGUGUCUAACUCAACCCGAACAGUUGUGCACACUGAUGGGACAUUAGAUAUCCUCAUAAGCACAGUGAAAGACUCUGGAUCGUUCACAUGUGUGGCAUCCAAUCCUUCAGGAGAAGCACAGCAGACUGUUCAGCUAUUUAUUAUCAAACUGCCGCAUUUUACUAAUGAUACAAGUUUAGUACAGGAGCCAGACCCUGGAUCCUCAGAUAUUGCUACAUCCACCAAAUCAGGUGGAGACAGUGGCACUGCCAUUAGCAACACCAAAGCUGGGCAGGAUAAACGGGUGCUGAUUUCUGAAAUUACAUCCUCCUCUGCUAUGGUGAAAUUUAACUUACAACGGAAUAUACCAGGGAUUCGUAUGUUCCAAAUCCAGUACAAUGGCACUUAUGAUGACUCGCUAGUCUACAGAAUGAUCCCCCCAACCAGUAAAAACAUCCUGGUGAACAACUUGGCAGCUGGGACAUCGUAUGACCUCUGUGUUCUUGCGAUUUACGAUGACGCUAUGACCACGCUGACGGCUACCCGUGUGGUGGGGUGUGUUCACUUUGCAACAGAGCCCCAGUACCUCCGAUGCCACUUCAUGCAAUCACAGUUCCUUGGAGGUACCAUUGUUGUCAUCAUUGGAGGUGUCAUUGUGGCCUCAGUCUUGUCUUUCAUCAUCUUCCUUAUUGUACGUUAUCGAGUGUGCAACCAGGAGGGAGAGGACAAGGGAGUAGAGCUAGGAGAAGUUCGUUCUCAAUCCAGGAGUGAGCAGCUGCAGGUUUGUGGUAUCAUCAAGUCUAUGUCUAAACAGGUUCUGGGUGUGGAGAUGGAUGCAUGUCGGAAAGUUUCCCCACAGCUGGAGUCAGUGCCCACAUUGGGAACUACACCAGGGCCAUUGCCCUCUAAACCUGCCCUUCCUGACUGCACCGUUACUACCUCUGCUGCCAGUCACAGCUGGCAUCCUGCCUCCCCCAACACCCAGCGUCCCAUGCAUGCUGCCUCACACAAACCUACAGGCCCUCAAAAACCAGACACACAAAUCAGUGUGGAGCUUGACAACACCAACAAAAACAACUCAGCCAAGGCACGUCCAAAAUCUGCCCAAAUACGGGUCUAUUCUACCACAGUGAUUCCAGUGUCCAGAAAGGUACAGCUAGAGUCCUCACGCUACAUGACUGUUCCAGUGGGAUGUAUGAGAGUGAGUCGCAGACACUCUUUAAACGUAGACUCCUGUAAGCAAACCAGCUAUGGGAGUUUCCCACAGCAGACUGGCAGCCUUCGCUCUAAACGCAGUCUGUCCAUGAGUGGUGGAGAUCUUCCCCAGCUGGAUGUUUCAGCCAAAAUCCAUGGAAAAGACUCACUGUCAAGGUCAGAAUGGGUUCUAGAAAGCACACUUUAAUUAGGUUUUUUACAACCUUAUCACACUGGUUUUUGGUAGACUUACAGACCAUUUUAUUAUUAUAUUUAUUAUAGGUCAGAUGAAACACUCAAAUCUUUUAAAAGUAUCUGGUUUUUGCCUCGGACAUGACAUGUCACC